GCGCUGCCCUGCCGUUGACCCGGAGGCUCGGAGGAGGAGGUGGAGAUGAGCAAAGAUCAUCCGCUCUAUGGCCCGUGUACCCGCGGGGUGGUGAUGAUGAUGAUGAGUGCGGGCCCGUGUACCCGCUGGGAGGUGAUGAUGAUGAGUGCGGGCCCGUGUACCCGCGGGGAGGUUGUGAGAUCAACGAAUAAGGAGAAAAAAUGUGUAGGGAGGAACUGCAGAAUUUGGUUUAAAACCGAAGAAAGACACAAAAGGUUGGAGUAACUCCGCAGGUCAGGCAGCAUAGCUGGAGAAGAGGAAUAGGUGACGUUUCAGGUUGAGAUCCUUCAGAUGCAGAAAUGUUGAUGUUCCCCAAAAUUCAUCUCAAACCUGAGGUGGAGACAUAUCUACGAAGUGUUUUCAAAAAUAAAGAGCUUUUGACAAGUUUGGGGUCUGAGGUGUGCGAUGUUAAAUUUGAAGCUCUUUUAAGACGCUUGUCACAUCCUCCAGCUUUCUCAAGUGUCAGAGUGAAUACCAGUUUGGUUUCGGUUGACCAUGUUAAAAAGUUGUUGACUGAAGAAAUUCGAAAGGAAUGUAAAGGAUGCCCUGUGGAAGAUAUUCGAAUAUUGGAGCAUCCAAGGAUUCCAGAUGUUAUUUUAAUUCCUAAUAUUGGUCCCAGAGAAAAUUUGCAAAGGCAUUCAUUUGAAGUGAUUGUGGGUGCUCAGUGUGGGAAUGCAGUACUUCGUGGUGCACACGUUUUUAUCCCUGGCAUUGUUUCUGCUCCAAAAUUAAUGAAAGCUGGUGAUGUUGUCUCGGUGUAUUCAGAUGUUCAUGGUGAAUGCAAAAGGGGUGCAAAGGAAUAUAAGGGAAUUAAAGUAUUUGUAGGGAAUGGUAUUGCUGAAUUAAGCCGCAAGGAAAUAUUUAGCUCAAAUUGUACUUUAAGGGGUGUGGGAAUCAGAAUGACUGAGCCUGUCUAUGUUAGCCCAUCAUUUGACAACUUAAUGAACAGUUUUCUGUUUUUACAGAACCUGCCAUCAGUGGUAGCGAGCCAUGUGUUGGGUCCGAAGCCAGGAGAACGAAUCUUGGAUAUGUGUGCUGGUCCUGGAGGAAAAACUACUCAUAUUGCAGCAUUAAUGAAUGAUAAGGGUGAAGUGAUAGCAAUUGAUAAGAUUGCAAAUAAAGUAAAGAAGAUUAAACAGAAUGCUGAGAACUUACAAUUGAAAUGUACAAAAGUGUUUUGUUAUGAUGGAACUAAAGCCCUUGCAAAAGAAGGCAUUUGGCAUGAGCAAGAAGGGCCUCCAUUCCCACCAGACAGUUUUGAUCGGGUACUUCUGGAUGCCCCUUGCAGUGGGUUAGGUCAGAGACCCAAUAUGGCCUGUGAUUGGAGCUUAAAGGAAAUCACUUCUUACCAGCCAUUGCAGCGAAUGUUGUUCAAAGUGGCAGUCAAUUUGCUAAAGCCUGGAGGUGUUUUGGUCUACAGCACCUGUACAAUAACAUUGGCAGAAAAUGAAGAACAAGUUGCUUGGGCACUCAGUACUUUUCCUUGCUUACAACUGCAUCAACAGGAGCCUCACCUGGGUGACGAAGGCAUGAUGGGUGUUGGACUUUCAGAAAAUCAAUUGAAAUUGCUGCAGAGAUUUAAUCCAUCUAGUAUAAUUGUAAAGGACACCAUUGUUUCUUCGGCAGAUCUGGAUUUCGGUCAGACGACUCAUUUAAUUAACUUGGCCAAUAAGGACACAAUAGGCUUUUUUAUCGCAAAAUUUAUUAAGGUGCAAGAUGCUCAACAGUUGUAGAGAUGAGUAACUCAGCAGGUCAAGAAGUAUUUCUGGAUAGCAUGGCCAGGCAACGAUUCAGUUAAAUUGGUUUUGAGGAUUGUUGGAGACGGGAGAAGGGGUUGUCGUUGGGCAGAGGACAACUCACUGGAGAAAAUUUAAUUAUUUGGAGGAAUGUUGGAGAAGGGGUACUCACCAGCAGCAAGGACUCCUUGCCAGAGAAAAGCUGAAGGAAGGUCCCGACCCAAAAUGUCACCUAUCCAUGCUAUCCAGUGAUGCUUCCUGACCCGCUGAGUUACUCCAGCGCAGUGUGUCUUUUCAUGCCUAACAGUUUACUGGAAUAAAAUACACAAGUGCACCCGAAAUAAAAAGAAAAUAUUUAAAGGGGAGAUUAUUUUGUAAUAAUGCAAACUAAUUAUUAAUGUUUUGGGUGUGUUCAUUGUAAUAAUUCAUUUUCCCCAUAUGUUUUUUUAUAAACUGAUUAACUAAAGUUCAACUGACAGCAUCGUCAGAGCAUUAUUCCUAUGACAGGUAACCAAAGGCAUAGUUGCUAUGGUAGCAAUAGAUUAUGCCAGCUGUUCCAUGAGAUCGUAUACCACGUGCUGACAAAGGUCAUUAGAGGCUUUUGUAUUUGAUUUAGAAUCCAGAUUACACCAUUUGCUUUAAACCUCUUUCUCCGAUUUUUAUGUUUUGUACUUGAGAACAAAUGUUUAUCAUGCAGUUCGCAUGAAAUUUAAUAUUGAAUAAGUGCGAGGUACAUAUGUCCUUUUUUUGUUUAUGUUUAAAGAUAACAUUAAUAUUUUAGUAAUAUUUUGAAAGUGAAAAGGGUACACUUUAGAUUUUCACUUUACGCUCACCUUAAAUCUUGGAUUUAAAUGUCUUAUAUAAUACUUUUCUCUGGAAGGACUAAAUAACCUGUGAUAAUAGAUACCUCCCUACACUUUCUUCAGACACACAGUCUCAGAGGCAUCAUUCAUCAAAUCUCCACUGUUUAUACAUGCACCUACCUCUUGCUCAACCUCUUGCUUGUUGCCAGUCUACCUCUUCUUCCCAACCAAAUUCACUCAGCUAUUUUGCAAUCAAACUGCUUUCUGCCUAGUCUAAUCACUAAAAGGACCAUGACUCUUGUGUUUCUCGAACUGGAUCUGUAUUUUUGUUUCUUUAGAUUGGUUAGGUAUAUUCUCUUUGCCAAUAGAUCAUAUCUCUGCCAUUUCUAAGUUCACAACUACAACCUCCUCCUCCACCACCACCAAUUCCCAAAGCUUCAGACAUAAGUUACUGGCAACUAGCUCGUCUUUGUAAAGCAAAACUGUCAAUGCUAGAAUCUGAUUAGAAAUGCUGGAAAGAACUCGGUGUCAAGCCUGUUCUGAGGAAAGGUGGCCAUCUAUCCACCGUUUUUUGGUGCUUGCCAAGCCUAAAUGUUACCCGGCUUCUCUUUCCACAGAUGCUGCUUGACUGGCUGAGUUUUUUUCAGCAUUUCUGUUUCAGCUCACCUUUUCCAAUGAUCCAAAGACAUAAUUUCUAUGCUGGCUCCUGAUGACAUUUCUGAUUAUGUUUAUACUAUUCCUUUUCUUACUCCAUUUCUACUCUCCUGAACACAACAACAGAUGUUUUUAUCCAUUUACAGUGCCUUAAUGUUGUUUAUUCAUUCUUUAUCUCUCCAGUAUUUCAGGCUUUAGCCAUGUGACAUCAAACUGCUAUUUUUACACCAGCACCCGCUAUUUGUCACUCCAUUCUUCUGCUAAAAAGCUGUACAGCCUAGAGGCCGCACCAAACGUCAACUACCCAUUUACGUUAAUCAAUCUUUAAAUUCUCCCCACAUUCUCAUUUACCCCUCACCUACACACACGGGGUAAUUGGCAUUGCCCAAUUAACCAGCCAAUCUGCACACCUUUGGGGUGUGGGAGGUAGACCAUGUGGUCAUGGAGAAGGUGCAAACUCCUCAAAAACAGCACCUAAGGUCAUGAUUGAACCUAAGUCUCUGGCGUGGUGAGGCAGCCAUUUCACUAGCUGCACCACUGUGCUGCCUUAUUUAGUUUUAAGAUUUGGAUACUUUCUGUAGUGUGGAUAAAUAAAAUUGGAAAAGACAUGCAAGAACAGAUAAAAAAUAAUGUAUGUAAAGAUCAGUCAUACUGUGAAGACAGUGUUGAUUAUGAUUUAGUAAUCAUAAUUAAUUAACAUUUUCAGUGUUUUAAGAUGCAGCCUAAUUUCUAGAUUUUAUUUUAUUUUAGAUCUUGUUUCCAAAUUCCAGAAUUGAAUGGGGGGGAAUUGGCAUUAGCCAAGUAUAUGACGUCAUAAGAAAUAGAAAUGGUAGUAGCCACUAGGGCAUUUACAGCCUAUCCAUCAUUCAAUAAGAUCAUGGCUGAACCAAAGUUUCAUCCAUUUUCUCACCCGAUCACAAACCUGAAAGUCCUGGGUGUCCAAAAGUCGAACGUCCUCAGCUUUGAAUUUAUUUAACUGAGCAUUCACAGUCCCAAUAUAGCAUUCACAGUCCCAAUAUAACAAAUUCAGAAGUUUUACAAAUCCAGUGUAUAUAGGAAUGUCAUUUCAAUGUCAUCUAAAUGACUGAAAGGGCUCCUAGUUCUGGAUGCUCCACAAAGAGGAAACAGACCCGUCAGCCCUUCGGUGCAGUUUAUAUAUCUCAGUGAGAAUGUUUCUCAUUCUUCUUAACUUUUGAGUAAAGGCCAAACUUCCUAAAUAUUUCUCCAUAAGACAGUUCUCUUUCCAGCAAUCAUACAAAAUAUAUAUAACACAAUUAUUCAAAAGCUAGUGUGUAAACCAAUAUUGAACAGUAUUCUCUGCCACAGAAGGCAGAGGAGGCCAAUUCACUGGAUGUUUUCAAGAGAGAUAUAGCUCUUUGGGCUAACUGAAUCAAGGGAUAUGGGGAGAAAGCAGGAACGAGGUACUGAUUUUGGAUGAUCAUAUUAAAUGGCGGUGCUAGCUCGAAGGGCCAAAUAGCCUACAUCUGCACCUAUUUUCUAUGUAUUCUAAAAUUCUGUAUAAUCUCAGGAUGACGUCCUUAUUUUUGUACAUCAGCUCCCUUGCAAGAAAAAAACACCAAUGUACCAUUAAAUGUACCUGCAGUUUUAGUUUGUGUCUCGUGAACCAGUGCAUCACAAUCUCUUCUAGUGUUACUCCAUGCCUAAAAAAUGCUGCGUUUCCAUUCUUUGCAACUUAACAUUUUCUCAUCGUCUAAUCAGUUACUUGGUCUAUGACAUUUUUCAGAUUCUUCGUAUUUUCUUUAUGUCUUACUUUCCUGGCAACCUUUGUAUCUUUAACAAAUUUGAAUCUUUUCAUUGCCAUUUAUAUAAAUGAUGAACUUAUCAAUCCUGAUUUAAAUGCCUCUUUUUCUUUCUGGAUUGGUGCGUUAUUUAAUGCUUUUGGCACUAUGUGCUCCUCUUCAUUCCAGUCUCCUUGUCACUACUGCUUUUCCCCUUUACAGUAAGUUUUAUAUGUUUUGAGCAUUUCCAUUACCAGGUUUGUUCACUUAAUGGAAAAACCACACCUCAGGAAGUUGGAUCUGCAAGUGGUAAAAAAAUCAGUCAAAAUCUACCCGUUGUUUCAGUCUGACCUCAAACAAUAUCCACAAUGCCCUGUUGGUCACGGAGUUCUGAAUGCUUUUCACUUGCACGUCCAGCUGAGGGAGCUCCGUUAUUGUCCAUCAACUAGACCAUUAAUCAAACGUUCCUUUCAAAUCAAUCAAAGUAGUGAAGAAAGCUUGAUACACUAGUAUUUAAGACAUUCUGAAACAAAUCUACUUAAGACAUUCUGAAACAAAUCUACAUGCAUUUGAAGCUUGCUGAACUUUAAUUUUUUUAUAUAUAUAUAUAUAUUAGAACACAUGCAUAUGAACCAAAAAAGAAUACUUUUGAUCAAAAAAUUAAAGUUCAUUGUUUCUUUUAAAAUUGUACAUUUACACAGAAUUGACCAACGUAUUCUAGUCAGUACAACAAACGCAAAGUUCCAUGUAAUUUUAAUAUAGUUGGAAGGUUUUAUACAACAAGCAUUCAGUCAUAUGUGUUGUAUGGCAGUAAAUACACUUUAUGCCAUUUUAAAGUGCAGGAGCUGUUCAAUGUGAAUGACAUAUUAGAACAAUGUAUAAUAUCCCAAAACUUUAAUUGUUUUGCAAUUAACUUUGAGGUGGUUACCCCAAUAUAAGAAUUACUGUUACGUUUCAUUUGAAUGUAGGUUUCAGUUGGACACGCAAUUUCUCAGCAACAUGUUGGCUGCUUUAUUGUAAAUUGCAAAUAGUCUCAUCACCUUGUUCUUUUAUUUACAUUUAUCCAUUUUGAUAUUUGUGCAGUAACUGAAUAUUACUACAAGUGUUAAGUUUAAAUAUAGUAAACAAUGUGGAUUUACUUUGUCAAUCUACUGACUUCAAUUCCAUCAAUGUGUGAAAAUAAUUGGUUUCGUCCUCUGGAGAAAAGAGAAGAGGAUAAUCACUGAGCUGGUCCUUGAACUUCAUUUACUGCCUCUUAGUGGUUAUUUAGCGAGAAUUAGGUCUGGCUGCCUUUGGUUAUAGAUGCUGCUUCCCGGAGAAAAGUGAGGGGAGGGUGAAAAAUUUAUCAGAAAACAAAUAAAAAAUUCAAAUUGGGCAUGAUAAUUCUACACAAGUUGCAGGACCAUAAAUUGGCAGUUUUUAAUUUACAUUUUCUUAUCAUUCACACAUUCAACAUUAGCUUUUCACACUUCAGAUUUUUUUUAUUAUUUGACCGGAAUGACAUUAUGGUGAAGAGCUUCGAGCACCAUUUCAGUGGCUGGUUAGUUAUGUUACCCUGUAAUUCCAUUUGAUGGUCUUUAAAAUCAUCCUAAAUGAGAACAUUAUCAAAUCACUUUUUCUCUACUAUUGCAGUAUCAUAACAUGCCAUUUAUAUUGUAAAUGAUGAUGUUUUCUCUCUCACGUCUUGUAGUUAAGAUCCACAUUGUUGAUUAUACAGUUUGAUGGUGUACUAACAUGUGAUCACCGUGGAAUAAAUUUAACAGCUCAAGUA